AUGUUUCUGCAGCAGAAGGGCUUGGAUCCAUCUCCUAGGCAGCAGCAGCAGCAGCAGCAACAGCAGCAGCAGCAGCAGCAGGACGAAGAAAACCCGCAAAAGAAAAAGGAGCAGCAGCAGCAAAAGCACCACCAGCAGCAGCAGCAGCAGCAGGAACAGCAGCAGCAGCAGCAGCAGCAGCAGCAGCAUAUGAAUGUAUGUUUGCAACAGCAGCAGCAGCAGCACCAGGAGCAGCAGCAGCAGCAGGACGACGAAAACCCACAAAAGAAAAACGAGCAGCAGCAGCAAAAGCACCACCAACAGCAGCAGCAGCAGCAGGAACAGCAGCAGCAGCAGCAGCAGCAGCAGCAGCAUAUGAAUGUAUGUUUUCUUCGUAUGAGUUAG